UCUUGUUACAUAUAACCGCCAUCGGAACUCAACUCCUGUUUUUAUAUAAACUCCUCAAAAAGCUUACAACAAAUCAUCUCUUGAUAAGUGUAAUGCUUUGAGAUUUAAGUAUACAUACGUAAACAAUGGAUGGUGGCAUGAAGGAGUCGUUGUCGUCGUAUUACGAGAUUCUCGGCGUUGCCGUUGAUUCUUCGGCGGAGCAGAUACGGCGGGCUUAUCACAAGCUUGCUAUGAAAUGGCAUCCUGAUCGGUGGACGAAAGAUCCUUUUAGAUCAGGGGAAGCUAAACGAAGGUUCCAGCAGAUUCAAGAAGCUUAUUCAGUGCUGUCGGAUCAGAAGAAACGAAGUCUUUAUGAUGCUGGACUCUAUGAUUCUUGUGAAGAUGAGGGAUACUUUGAUUUUGCUCAAGAGAUGAUCUCACUCAUGGCUCAAACUAGAAGAGAGGAGAAGCAAUACAGCUUGGAAGAGCUACAGACGAUGGUCGAUGACAUGGUCUGUGAGUUCCAAUCAGAACCACUGUUCCAAAACCAGUCAAUGGAAAUGAAUUUCGACCUAAACCAACCGGUUGAUUGGCGUUCACAGAUGUCUCUACCGGUUUCGAGCUUUGACUACUAUCCUCAAAGCAGCUACUGAACUAGAUCGAUUUGGGGAGAGCAAGAAUUUGAAUCCAUCAUAUUUUGAUUUGCAUUUCAUGGAGACUCGAACCCGUGACUAACGAAGUAUCACUGUCACACCAUGGACAGCACUAGCUUCAAAAUCUCCACACCUCGAUGACUUUUGGUACAAGAAAUAGGAUCCACGUUAGGGUUUUCACGUUUUGUUGUCUAAAAAUUUUGCUAGGGGAACAACGUAUGUUUAAGAAGCAUUGUAAAUUUGCGGUUUUCUAAGGCUUCUGUACUGUGACAACUUUUUUCAUACAUCAAAGAAUGCCAUUUGCUGAAAAUCUUUAA